AUGGCUCAUUUAAUUCGAUUACCACUCUCUCAUUCCGGCUCUACAGUCAAUUCGCCAAUGGCCGGUCAUCUACAUCACCUUGGGCAAGCUCCCACCUCCUUCUUUCCUCCCAAUACCUCUUCUCCAGCACAAUACAAAUAUCACUCAUCUCCCAGCGGUGGUCCGAUUUCUCCUCCGCAUACUCGAUCUGCUUCGGCAGAAAAUACUGCGGCCGAGUUAGUCGAAGACUUCAGAAGAUAUUCGCACAACUUGAGAGAACAAUUCGAAGGGGAACGAGCGCACAUCUUGGCAGACAGGCAGCGUGCAAUUGAAGUGAUAGCAGAAGAACGAGAAUUAUGGGACAAGGAAAGAGGAAUCUUAAUUGCUCGAAUUCGAGAACUCGAAGCAAGAUUGAAAGAAAAAGGGGAUGUCGUAUCACCAGCUGGAAUCUUCAAUUUGGAAUUGUCAAACCUAGGGUUCAGCCCAGCAGCAAACGUAUUCACUAGUCCAAAUGGUGUACCGAUUAUUAAAGGACCUACGAAAGCAAUGGCAUCUCCAGGAAGUGGAAGUACCGAAUCGAAAAGAUCAUCGCACGGUCACCCAGAAAUAAAACAAGAAACAGGAAGAAAUGCAGAUGGAUCUCCAUUUUACGCGCCAGCACCACAAAACCCCACGAGAACAUUCUCAGCAGAAUCAGAAGCUCUGAGAGUCGAAGAUAUUCAUGCGCCCAGGCAAACACCAAUUCAAGUUAUUCAAGAGUUAACUCCGUCUGAUUUCGUGGGAUCCUCUCAAUAUGCAUCACCCGAACUCUUACAUCCACAUCAUUCUGCUGUACAUUGGGAGAAGGCCGAAAGUAAUAAUGGUGAUAUCAUAGGAGCUGAUAGUAUAGACAUAUCAAAAAUUGCUCCACAUCUCGAAGGUGUACCCAUCAAAGCCAGCGCCGUAGAUCCGGUAUUCGUCGCACAUGUUCUAAGUCCUCGGUCUGCCAGUCCGAGACUUAGUCCAAAUGUUAAGCCGCCAGGAAGAGAUGUUGGUUUGAGUUUGGGAAAAGCAAAUUUGGAACCAGAAAACAAGAGAUUGACAAUGUAUGCCGGUCACACACCUAAUCAUUCCAUUUCACGCUUUUCCGAUUUGGUCAAAGAGUCUCAAGAGGCGGAAGGGGAUGAAACACCAAGAGGUUAUGAUGGACUUGUUCAUCGGGGUUCCCUAGCGCCAAUUCCGGAUGAAGACGAAAGAAUCGCGCUCGAUAGACUACUACCAGAUGAAGACGAUGAAGAAGUUCAUGAUCGUCCUUUAACAGGUCCAUUAUGUCUUACGAAUGUUCCAGCCAGAGAUGAAUUAUUCCUUGAAGCUCUGACGGAGAAAUUGGAAGAAGUUAAAAACUCAAGACCGGGUAGUAAAGAAGUUAGUCCUACCGGUAGCGCAGGCACCUCGAGCCCGGUCCUGGAAAUGAAAAAAGCGAGAAAUAGGUCGAUUGGUGGUGGAGGUGAUGAUGGGAGGGGUAUGGAAGGAGAAGGACAUGAUUGUGAAGAUGAAGACGAGGAUGAUGAACCAGGACCUGUUCUGUUGAAAAUGAAGCCGAGUAUGAAUUUUGGAAGACCAAUGGGACAGAGAUGA